GACUCCUGCAGGGGCCGUGUGGUGCCCAAAGGGGAGACCGUGCGCAGGGACGAGCAGGCGCGCGCGCUGAUUGGACAGCGCAGCGUUCGCCGCUGCUGAACCCCAAGAGUCAGUGAGGGGGCGCGCGCGAGCGCGCACGGGGACAGCGGCGGGGACGCGCGCGAGGGGCGCGCGGCCGAGGAAAGGAGCGAGCAAGCGAAAGAGGCUGGCUGGCUGGCUGCUGUGCUGGAGACGGAGCUGGUAGGGCCCGGAGAAGCCCAGGCGCCUCUUCCUUCUGGCCCUGCACUGGGGGGCAAAGUCGGGCAGGGAGGGGCAGGUUGAUGCCCGCCGCACAGGAUGGAUCAGGCCUGCGAAGAACUGGAAAGGAGCGACUCCAGCCCGGAACUCUGCAGCUCUCCGAUGCUAGCUGACCCAGAAGAAUUCAUGCAGCUGGACUCUCCAAAACUUCUGGAUUUUGAAAGUCUUGAGCCUUGCCUGGAGGAGGAGGAUUCUGAAACUUCGUUCCUAGCAGCAGAAGAAAAUCAAGAGAAAGACAUUAAGUUGAUGAUGGAAAGCAGAGCUACAGCCAGCUACAGCAAGGAGCCACAGUCUGAAGAUGGGACAGAACUGGUUCAAGAGAUCCAUUUAGGAGGCUCUAUAGAAAUUAGGCACAAUGAGACAAUUUCGGCCCUGUUAUCAACUCCCAUUUCUCCAGAGCAAAUACAAAGUAACACUUACAAAGAGUCUGCUGUAGGACGUAGAACUGACAAAGUAGACCUCCACCCCAUGUCCUAUUUGCCUGGAGAUGCAGAUCUGAAAAAAGAAAAACACAGCUUCACAAAGGCCUCUGAAAAAGACGAUCCUGAUCAAAGUCCCAUCACAUUAGGAAACUUGAUAGAAAGGCUUGAAACAUCAAUCACUACAAAACCAUCAUCAACAGGAUUACCAUCUGUAAGCACUCCUGGGGUACCAGGUCGCACUAAGAAGCCUACACCGAUAAAAUAUGAAGCUGGAGAUCUGGUAUGGGCAAAGUUCAACCGACGUCCAUGGUGGCCCUGUAGAAUUUGUCAUGAUCCUGUGCUAGAUACUCAUUCAAAAAUGAAAGUCUCCAAUCGCAGACCUUAUCGGGAGUACUAUGUGGAAGCCUUGGGAGAACCAUCUGAAAAAGCCUGGGUUGUAGGAAAAGCUAUUGUAAUCUUUGAAGGAAGACAUCAGUUUGAAGAACUGCCUGUUCUUCGGAGAAGAGGGAAGCAAAAAGAGAAGGGUUACAGGCACAAGGUUCCUAAGAGAUUUCUGGCUAAGUGGGAGAUCAGUGUCGGCCUUACUAAUGACUACCUUAAGCAGAAUGGUACUCAAAAAUGCAUCCAGACUUCAAGCAAACUGGACAGUGAAAAGAAUGCGCAUUUAAUGGGAUCUUGUUCAAAGGAAUCCUUAAAUGAGCAGAGCAGGCAACUAAAUGGGUGUUUGAAAUCAUUAACAUUAGACUCCAAACUUUUAACUCCUGAGAAGGAAAAGAUGUUCAUUAAAUCAAAAACGAAGAAGAGCUCUGACUCCAGAAAGAGGACUAGAGUUAAAAAAAGUAGCUCUAAGCUGGAGCCAUCUAAGAGAGAGAAUGGAGGGAAAGUGACAGUGAACAAAGUUAAAAAUGUGAUUGCUACAGACCUGCCUGAUAAGCAGGCAUCUCAUGAACUUUGCAGAAUAGCAAAGAGCCUAAUGGGAUCCAAAGGCACUGUAGAAAACUAUUUGCUCUCUUCUUUUGGAGAAAGACAAUUUGAAAAUAAAUCUAAGAAAACUGAGUACGAGAUCACUAAUAGAGACUGCCAGCAGGAGAUACCCAAAGUAGACUUGAAGAAAAAGAAAACCCAGGCAGGCUUCUUGGGCAGUUCGAAAUUACAUCAGCACUACUCUGCAGCUGAUGCUGGAGCUGGAAGGAAAGACAUGGACUCUGAUUCAUCAGAUACUGGUACCUGUGAUUUAGACUCCCUUGACCAAAGUAUAGCAGCAGCAACAACCUAUGGUGUCCUGAAAAAUUGUGACUUUGUAAAUAAAAGAGGAAAGGAAAUGUCUUCAGGGCAGAGAAAUAUGAAACAUUCUGCAUAUGUCUCAAAAAGCAGCAAUAGAAACCGCAGACCUCUGGAAAGCUCUCCAGAUAGGAAUGCCAGUGUUGAAGCAGGAGGUGAGAAAUUCCACGAACCAUCCCGUGCAACUGAGGUGGCUUCAGCUUACAGAAAUGACAAUCUUACCAUUGUAGAUAAGCAUACUACACUCCAAAGUAAGGGGUUUGCAAGGCAAAUGGAUACAAAACAGCCUCAGUUCAGAAGUAUAAAAUGCAAACAUAAAGGAACUGCUGCUGGGACAGAAUCCUCUCUGAAGGAAGAUGAAUGUAGCCCCAACUGCUGCUUUUCUGGUACCAAAGGUUCUCCUGGGCCUGAGUUAGAGACACCUGCCAAAGGUGGGAAAGCUGAUGGCCCGAAGCUGCCGAAUAGCAUUAAUGAGACCUCCCGUGAUUCUGCUGAAAUCGAGACGGCGGUUGUGAAGCAUGUGCUCUCAGAACUGAAGGAGCUAUCAUAUAGGUCCACGAACGAUGAAGCAAAAAGCUGUGGGCCACCUAAGACCACAGUGCCCUUACUCUUUUCAUCUGUCUCUGGGCAGAAUCAUUUGCCUAUUGAGCCUGAUUAUACAUUCAGCACCUUAUUAAUGAUGUUGAAAGAUAUGCAUGAUAGUAAGACGAAAGAGAAACAGAUCAUGACUACUCAGAACAUAGUCUCCUAUAGGAGUCCUAGCUGCGGCGAUAGUUCUGGAAGUAACACUCUGAGUGAUUUGACAUCUUUGCCUACAAUGGGAACCAGUCAUAAAUUAGAAAACAAACAAGAUAGUGUUCAAGAAGCACAGUGUCAGAAACCCAAAGAAGUUCUACAUUCUGAGAAGAAACGCCUUAGAAAGCCAAGUAAGCGGCUUCUGGAAUAUGCAGAAGAAUAUGAUCACAUAUUUGCACCUAAGAAAAAAAAGAAGAGCCAGGAACCAUUUCGAAAGGCAAGUUCUGUAGAGAAGUCUGAAACCAAACAGGAUUGCAGUAACAACAAACAAGCCAAUAAGAAACUUCUAGAAAAGAAGCCUUUGGAUUCGGUUUCACCUGCUUCUUUAUCUAAAGAAUCUCCCCCUGUCCUUGAAGCUGAAUGUUCUCUGUCAGAUGAACUCGACUCCCAUUCCAUGGAACCUAGAUCUGAAAUGCCGGUUUUGACAUUGUCUUCACCAAGUGCGUUGGAAGCUGCUAUUUCUUCUCAAUCACAAGGAGAGGAAGAGUUAAAGAAAUCAGGGAGCUAUGAAAGCAAACGUCAGAGGAAGCCAACUAAAAAGCUCUUAGAAUCCAAUGAUUUGGAUACUACUUUUAUACCAAAGAGGGAGUGGAUUUCCACAAAGAAGUGUUCUGAGGCUGGCCCUUUGGAUACUGAAAUGUCUGAGUUUUAUUCCACAUCUCAGCUUUUGGAUACCCAUGAAGCUGCUGAAAAGGUUCCUGGGAAACAGAGAAAGCGAAAGCAGCAGCAGCAGCAGCAGCAGCGGCGCACACUUGCUGUGGCUCCAUAUAAAAGAGAAAAAGGUGAAGAUGUACUGAAAGAAACACCAAACUCUGAGGGAGAAAGGACUGCACAUGGGACAGCUGGAAGCCCCAAGGAGACUACAGAGGAAGGAUCUGAAAAUGACCAUGGAGUGCCUUCAUCCAAACGGAUGCAAGGGGAGCGAGGAGGAGGAGCCGCCCUGAAGGAGAAUGUGUGUCAGAUCUGUGAAAAGCCAGGCGAGUUGUUGUUGUGUGAAGCUCAGUGCUGUGGUGCAUUUCACUUGCAAUGCCUCGGGCUCUCAGAAAUGCCAAAGGGCAAGUUUAUCUGCACGGAGUGUUCCACAGGGGUCCACACAUGUUUCGUAUGUAAGAGCAGUGGAGAAAAUGUGAAGCGUUGCUUGCUUCCUUUGUGUGGAAAGUACUAUCAUGAAGAGUGUAUACAGAAGUACCCUCCCACAGUCAUGCAGAACAAGGGCUUUCGAUGCUCACUGCACAUAUGUAUGACUUGCCAUGCAGCUAACCCAGCGAAUGUAUCUGCGUCCAAAGGUCGCUUGAUGCGUUGUGUUCGAUGCCCGGUUGCAUACCACUCAAAUGAUUUCUGCCUCGCUGCUGGGACAGUGAUCCUUGCUUCCAACAGCAUGAUCUGCCCCAAUCAUUUUACCCCACGAAGAGGCUGCAGAAACCACGAGCAUGUAAAUGUCAGCUGGUGCUUUGUCUGUUCAGAAGGGGGUAGCCUUUUGUGCUGUGAAUCUUGCCCUGCUGCAUUCCACCGGGAGUGCCUGAACAUUGACAUGCCAGAAGGGAGUUGGUACUGUAAUGACUGCAAAGCUGGCAAAAAACCACACUACAAGGAGGUGGUCUGGGUGAAGGUGGGCCGUUACAGGUGGUGGCCAGCUGAGAUUUGCCACCCUAGGACCAUUCCAGUCAACAUCCAGAAGAUGAAGCAUGUCAUUGGUGAAUUUCCUGUGCUUUUUUUUGGAUCAAAUGAUUACCUUUGGACCCACCAGGCUCGAGUCUUUCCAUAUAUGGAAGGAGAUGUGAGCAGCAAGGACAAGAUGGCAAAGGGAGUUGAUGGCAUUUACAAGAAGGCCUUGCAGGAAGCUGCUGUGAGAUUUGAAGAGUUAAAGGCACAGAAGGAACUGAGGCAGCUGCAGGAAGACAAAAAGAAUGAUAAGAAGCCCCCUCCUUACAAACAUAUCAAGGUAAACCGUCCCAUUGGCAAAGUGCAGAUCUACACUGCAGAUCUAUCUGAGAUACCACGAUGCAACUGCAAGCCUGCAGAUGAAAAUCCCUGUGGCCUAGACUCUGAGUGUAUUAAUCGUAUGCUGUUAUAUGAGUGUCAUCCUGCAGUCUGCCCAGCUGGGGAGCGCUGCCAAAACCAGUGUUUCACCAAGAGGCAGUAUCCUGAAGUAGAAAUUUUCCGCACUCUAGCACGAGGCUGGGGCUUGCAAGCCAAAAGAGACAUUAAGAAGGGUGAGUUUGUGAAUGAAUACGUGGGAGAACUAAUAGAUGAGGAGGAGUGUCGGGCCAGAAUCCGCUAUGCUCAAGAGCAUGAUAUAACCAACUUUUACAUGCUGACUUUGGACAAGGAUCGAAUAAUUGAUGCUGGACCAAAGGGUAAUUAUGCUCGCUUUAUGAACCAUUGCUGCCAGCCAAACUGCGAGACGCAGAAGUGGUCGGUGAAUGGAGAUACUCGGGUUGGGCUUUUUGCCCUGACAAAUAUCAAAGCGGGGACUGAACUAACGUUCAACUACAAUUUGGAGUGUUUGGGGAAUGGGAAGACAGUUUGCAAAUGUGGUGCCCCAAACUGCAGUGGCUUCCUUGGAGUGCGACCGAAGAACCAGCCACCUACCACUGAAGAUAAAUCCAAGAAAUUCAAGAAGCGUCAUGGGAAGCGCAAGUCACAGGCAGAAAUCAUGAAGGAGCGGGAGGAUGAAUGUUUCAGCUGUGGAGAUGGUGGUCAGCUGGUUUCCUGUAAGAGACCAGGCUGUCCCAAAGUGUACCAUGCUGACUGUCUCAAUCUGACCAGGCGACCUGCAGGGAAAUGGGAGUGUCCUUGGCAUCAGUGUGAUGUGUGCAACAAAGAAGCGGCUUCCUUCUGUGAGAUGUGUCCCAAGUCUUUUUGCAAGCAGCAUCGAGAAGGCAUGCUGUUCAUCUCCAAAUUGGAUGGGCGCCUGUCAUGCACAGAACAUGACCCUUGUGGACCACACCCUCUAGAGCCAGGAGAGAUUCGUGAGUAUGCGCCUCCCACAGAAUCAGCAGCUGGCUGCCAAAACACUCAGCCAGCAGACCAGCAGCCGGCAGCUCCGGGCCCGAAAUCUCAGCCACCAGAGAGGCUGCCUCUGACUGUGGCCCUGAGGCUGCAAUCCUCAGAUAAACCUCCUUCCUCUUCACUGGCUCUGAGGCUAAAGCCCUCAGACAAGCCACCUGCCUCUGUCGCACUGAAGCUGCAGUCCUCAGAUAAAUCACCCUCCACAGUGGCUCUGAGGCUACAACCGUCAGACAAACUAGCCUCCACCCUAGCCCUGAGUUUAAAACCCUCAGACAAAUUGCCCUCCACCCUGUCCCUGAGGUUAAAGCCCUCAGAUAAAUUAUCCUCAGCCCUUGCCCUUCGGUUGCAGUCGUCAGACAAGCCACUGUCCGCUGUGGCUCUUAGGCUACAUCCCUCAGAAAAGUCUCCCUCCACUGUGGCCCUGAGGUUACAGCCCUCUGAGAAAUUAGUCUCCACUCUUGCCCAGAAGUUGCAGCCCUCAGAAAAGCGGUCCUCUACUGUAGCCCCUGAGCUGCAGCCCUCAGAAAAGCCACCCACUGCAGAGGCAUUAGGACCUCAGGACAAGCUGCCAGCCACAGAGGCAUCAGGACUUCAAACAACAGACAAAAAUGCUGCUGUGAAAUUGCCAGAGCCUGAGAGGUCGGACCCAUCAUCUUCUGCGAACACAUCCAAGUCUCAGGUGUUAGAUGAGCCACCUGCCGCAGAGACACCAAAGCUCCAGGUGUUGGGCAAGCUGGCAGAGCUUGAGUCUCUGAGGCCUCAGCCACUGGAUAGGGCCAUUUCUGCCGGCCCACUGCUUCAGCCCUCAGGCAAGUCUGCUGCUUCACUGAGUGUCAGACCUCAGCCGUUGGUCAGGCCAGUCACCCCCAUAGCGUUGAGGUCCAAACCAUCAGAAAAGCCGCUUGCUUCCAUGGGCUCACGGCCUCAGACACCGAAUAGGCUUUCUAGCCCAGUGGAUGCUCGGCCUGUGCCGUCAGACAAGCCUUCUACCACCACAGGCCUGAGGCCUCAACUGUCAGACCGGCUUCCCACUCCACUGAAUCCAAGGCCUUUGCUUUCAGAGAAAGCCCUGAGGCCUGUUGACCAGAACGCUCAGCCAAAAGAAAGAGGUUCUGUGACUACAGAGCAGAAUUCUCAGCAGAAAGAACGGACAUCAGUGUCUGAUGAGCAGUCUUGUAGAUCUACAGGGAAAUUUUCAGCAUAUGUGGGACAAACAACCUGCCCCCUAGAGAACUUGCAAAUGCAUGACAAGACCUCUUGGCUUAGUGCAAAAGGGCUGCCAUCUGUGGAACAAUCACUUUGGACAGCUGAGAAACGGCAGUCUCCUGAGCAGAGUCUUUGUCCAGGCCAAGAAGCAGCAUCUACGCCCUCUGCAGAGCAGAUAUUUUGGCCAACGGAACGAUUGUGCGCUUUUGAACAGCCCCCUUGGCCUGGAAGGGAAGCUGCGCUGUCUUCGGGGCAAACUUCGUGGCUGACCAGAAACAUUCAGACAUUUGAGCAGAUUACUUGGCUCUCUGGGAAAGCACAAACACCUGUGGGGCAGGACAUUUUGCCUUUGUCUGAACAAAAUGCGGUGCUAGUACUAAACCAGGAUUCUCCUGGCCACGAACCUACUGAGUCUAAACCUAAAUGAAGCCAGUUUGAGGCCAGACGGGUCACCAUAUUUGUUUUGUUUGUUUUUAAAAAUUGUAUGGGGAAAGGUAUUUUGUUUUUGGGUUUUUUAAAAAAUCAUUUCCCCAGAUCCUUAACCUUCAGCAGCAACAACAACUUGCCCAACCUAUACAGGUACAUUUACCUAAACCUGAAUAGUGCCCAACCAAGGAGCAAGAAUGUAGAUGGUCUGUUCCUUCUUCAUUUUGCAAACAAUAAAGCUGAAAUAAAGGAAUCCACUGUGGAUAGAAUCUCUAAUUCCAUUGAAAUAGUUAAAUCACUAAUCUUGCACGUCUGAGUGGCAGACCUGCAUUAAUGGUGUGUUUUCUAGAUUACCCCUAGGUGAUUCCAAAGACGCAGGUUUCCUUCCCCCUGUCCAUGUGAGAUGCAGGUGCUCCGUUUGGCACUGGCACCUCACUUUUCCAAAAUGUUUAACUUAUGAAACCGGUUAUUGGAGAAGGGAAGGGACUUGACAGUUUUUCUCCCCUUUUCUCAUUCCUUGCAGUUCUGUUGUAGAAGUGUUUGCUUGACAUUUUGCUGCCAGAGCUUGUCAAAAUCAGGUGCUU